AAGCGGCCUCCGCAGACCUGAGGCGCCUGAGCCUCUUCGAGAAGUCUGAUGAGUUGGACAACCUGGUGCGCCUCCCGCUCACGGUGAGGCGGGAGAUAGACAUCCGGAAGCUUCUGAGAUCCAUCGUAGGCCACUGGGAUGCAAUCACACAGAUUAAGUGCCCUCCCGGCAGCUCUUACUGCUGGGUAGAAUUGCAGACGCCCGAGCUCGCCUCCGAGGUUCUAAACAGCUUUCUGGCAGACAGGGAUGUACUGCAAGGUGCAUAUCUACGAAGGCCUUUCGAGUUCAGGAGCCCGGCAGGGCAGCAGGAGGACCCCGACUCCAUCCUCCCCACAACACCGGAAUUGGAGAAGAGAUACAGGGAGUUUCUUGAGAUCCUUUCCCCGAACUGGCAAUCAGAGGCGCUGCCAUAUAAAUGUAUCGUAUAG